AGCAUUCCUCUACCGUGGGAUAAUAUUUUUGUUUUCAUCAGCAAGUGGCUCCCAGGCGACUUGAGGCUGAUCUCCUCCUCAGCUCCGCAAUCUUUAAUUCUCUCUGGCAGGUCUGCUGAAGCUUGUCAGCCAUGGCAACAAAAGUUGCACCGUUUUACCAGCGGAAACACAAGCAUUUUGACCAGAACUACCGCAGCACGCAGACGAGAUAUGUGGUGCAAGAAUAUGCAGCUUCAUCAAGGUCAAGAACAUCUGCAGUAAAAUCAAGCAGUAAAUCAAGGCUUAGUGCCCAGUCCAAGAGGUUUCAUGCAGCUGAGGAAGAGCAACAGCAAGAAGUAACUUAUACUGUGCCACCCUUCAGGACCAGAUCUGCAGAGGAGCAGGAGGAGUAUCAGCGCAGAGUUGUCCAUUUUGGCAAUGACCUGGCUGUUUUGGAGGGCGAGGUCCACAGGGCUCGACAGGCCACUAGAGAGCAAGUGGACAAGCUCGCCGUUCAAAGAAUGGUCGAGGAAAGGAUGGCUGCUGAGAGGUAUAUUCAUGAGCAGUCCAUGGUCCGUGGUCCCGAUUUUCUUGUAAGACUCAGGUCUCACACGGUGUGGGAGAUGAGUCCAGUGAGGCUGUUCUGCACUGUCGAGGGCUACCCCUCCCCCGUUGUGAAAUGGUUUAAAGAUGAUGUCAUCCUUGAUCCAAUUAGUAUGAUGGGAAAAUACAGAAUUGACAGCAAAUAUGGAGUGCACAGCCUAGAAAUUCACAGGUGUGAUAUUCAUGACACUGCUCAGUACACAGCUGUGGCCACGAACGCCCAUGGUCAGGCCACCUCUACGGCAGCAGUGAUUGUCAAGAGGUACAGAGGAGAGGAGGAACCCUACCACUCAGUGUUGCUCCCUCUUCAGAUCCCCAUGAUGCCUGAGAUUGAGUACACUAAGAUAGACAUCAGCUUCGUGGAAAAGUUUGACGUAACCUUUGGGACUGAAGGAGAAACAAUUAGCUUGGUUUGUAAGAUGGUCAUUGCACCUGACCUGGCCAACCUGCAGCCUGAAGCCCAGUGGUACAGAGAUGAUGUCCGUAUUAAGGAAUCCAAAUGGGCUCAAAUGAAGUGUGGAGGAGGGUCAGCUAGACUAACUCUGACACACCUUAACAAGGAUGAUGAAGGUCUCUACACCCUGCGCAUGGUGACCAGAGGGGGCACUUCUGAGCACAGGGCGUAUGUCUUUGUAUCAGAUGCUCCAGCUACUGUAGCUGGUGCUCCUGGAGCCCCUAUGGAUAUUACAAUCCACGAUGCCAACAGAGAUUAUGUCAUUGUGUCCUGGAAACCUCCCAACAUUACCAGCGAGAGCCCCGUUAUUGGAUAUUUUGUAGACAGGUGUGAGGUUGGGACUAAUAACUGGGUUCAGUGCAAUGAUUCGCCCAUUAAGAUCUGUAGAUACCCUGUACAUGGUCUGUUUGAGGGACACUCCUAUAUCUUCCGGGUGCGGGCAGUGAACAAGACAGGGGUCAGUAGGCCCUCCAGGGUGUCUGAUGCCAUUGCAGCCCUGGACCCUGCUGACCUUGAACGACUACAUGUUAUUCACCUGGAGAGAGGGAAGCAAAUUGUGAUCCAUCAGGAUGACCUGGAAGGUGACGUAAAGAUCCCAGGAGUUCCCACCAAUGUACAUGCUGCAGAGACAAACAGAACAUAUGUUGUGCUCAGCUGGGAGCCUCCAGUUCCUCGUGGCCGGGAAGCCCUGAUGUACUACAUUGAGAAGUGCAUGGUUGAUGGGGGAAACUGGCAGCGGGUGAACACCCAGAUCCCCGUGAGAUCUCCACGGUACGCUGUGUUUGACCUGGCUGAAGGAAAGCGGUAUCUCUUCCGCGUGCUCUCUGCCAACAAGCACGGUACCAGUGAGCCCUCAGAGCCCACUCCACCCAUUCAGACGGAGGAGCUGCACAGUGUUCCUUCUGCUCCUGGCCGUAUACUGGCUACGAGAAACACAAAAACAUCUGUGGUUGUGCAGUGGGACCCUCCUAAACAAGCAGCUGGCCUGAUUGGCUACUACAUUGACUCCAGCUUAUUAGGCUCAAAGCAGUGGGCUCCAUGCAACCACAAACCAUAUAAACACACCAGGUUUGUGGUUCAUGGUUUGACAACUGGACAGAGCUACAUUUUCCGUGUGAAAGCUGUCAAUGAAUUGGGAUUCAGUGAAGACUCCCAGGAGUCGUCUGCCAUCUCUGUCCAAGCUGCGCUCACCAGCCCUUCACCACCCUAUGGCAUUACUCUCCUGUACUGCGAUGGACACUCCAUGACUCUGGGUUGGAAACACCCCAAAUAUUCUGGGGGAGCCAAAGUCACCGACUACUACAUCGACCAGCGUGAGGUGUCGCACCUGCACUGGAGGGAGACCCAUGUGGCUCCUAUCAAAGAACGGAUUUACAAGGUUGAAAAUCUGCAAGAAAGCAAAAUUUACGAGUUUAAAAUCCAAGCUGCUAACCUGGCUGGAGUCGGGCUGUCUUCAGACACCAGUGAUCCCUUCAACUGUGAAGCCUGGACUAUGCCAGAGCCAGGACCUUCCUAUGACCUGUCAUUCUGUGAGAUCAGAAAUACCUCUCUGGUUAUUCUGUGGAAGGCCCCAUUGUAUGCUGGGAAAAGUCCAGUGACUGGAUACUAUGUGGAAAUGAGCACAGUGGGGUCAGAGGUGUGGACUACAGUGAAUGAAAAAGCCAUUUCCCAUUGCUACCUAAAGGUUACAAAUCUGGAAGAAGCCAGCUCCUAUAUGUUCAGGGUACGUGCUGUGAAUGCAGCUGGCAAGGGGAAGCCAUCAGAUGUCUCUGAGCCAGUGUUUGUUCAAGCAAGACCAGAUACAAAGGAGGUUUCUUCUGGAGUAGAUGAAGAAGGGAACAUUUACCUGAAAUUUGAAUGCAAUGAAAUGACAGACAUUUCUCAGUUUAUCUGGUCUAAAUCAUAUGAAGAAAUUGUUGACUUCUCAAGAGUCUCCAUUGAAACCGAAGGAACUUUCUCUAAGAUUGUUUUCAAAAAUCCAGAUAAAGAGGAUCUGGGAACCUUUUCUGUUGCGGUCACUGAUACAGAGGGUGUUUCUGCAAGUUAUGUCUUGGAGGAGAAGGAGCUGGAAAAACUGAUGGCUCUCAGCCAUGAAAUAAGAAACCCUUUGAUUCCUCUGAAAAAGGAGCUGUCCUACGAGAUCUUUGAGAGAGGUCAAGUUCGUUUCUGGCUGCAGGCUGAAAAGCUGUCUUCUGCUGUCAAUUACACAUUUAUUGUUAAUGACAGGGAGGUCACCAGCAGUGAGUCUCACAAGAUACACUGCGAUAUAUCUACUGGUAUUAUUGAGAUGGUGAUGGACAAAUUCACCUCACAGAGUGAGGGCACCUACACUGUUCAAAUCCAAGAUGGUAAAGCCAAGAACCAGUCUGCUUUGGUGCUCAUUGGAGAUGUUUUCAAAGCUGCCCUGGAGGAAGCAGAAUUCCAGAGAAGGGAGUACCUCAGGAAACAAGGUCCUCAUUUUCUGGAGUAUAUCCACUGGCAUGUGGAGGAAGACUGUACUGUUAUGCUUGUCUGCAAGGUUGCCAAUGUUAAGAAAGAGUCUGUCUUCCAAUGGUUCAAGGAUGAUGAAAAAGUUAUUCUUGAUGAGCCGGUGGAUGUUAUGUCUGGAAUAUGCAAGUUACCUAUCCCUCAGUUCUCUAAGAAAGACCAGGGUGAGUACAGGGCCACUCUCAAGGAUGACAGAGGACAGGAUGUGUCAACUCUUGAUGUUUCUGGUAAAGUGUUUGAAGAUAUCAUAAAUGGCAUCAGCAAAAUAGCAGGGGCCAGUGCCUCUGAGCUGAAGAUUCAGUGUACUCCAGAAGGAAUCAGACUUCAGUGCUUCAUGAAGUACUAUACGGAGGAAAUGAGAACUGUCUGGUACCACAAGGACUCAAAGAUUUCAUCUUCUGAAAAGAUGAGAAUUGGUGGUACCUCUGAAAUGGUCUGGAUGCAGAUCUGUGAGCCAACAGAGAGAGAAAAGGGAAAAUACACCAUUGAGAUUCUAGAUGCAAAGCAGUCCUACACCCGCACUAUCGACCUCUCUGGACAAGCUUAUACUGAUGCAUACGCGGAGUUCCAGAGACUCAAACAAGUGGCAUUUGCUGAGAAAAACCGCGGUAAAGUGGUCGGUGGUCUGCCUGAUGUGGUUACAAUCAUGGAAAAGAAGACACUAAGCUUGACGUGCACUGUGUGCGGUGACCCAUCUCCUGAGGUGGUCUGGUACAAGAAUGACAAGGAAGUGGAGCUCGAUGAUCACUACGUGGUGACCCUCGAACAGGGGAAAUACGCCAGCCUGACUAUCAAGGGUGUGACAACCGAGGAUUCUGGGAGGUUCAGCAUGAAUGUCCGUAACAAGUACGGUGGGGAGACUGUGGACAUCACCGUAAGUGUCUACAAGCAGGGGGAAGAGAUCCCACCGCCCAAACUGGGCCAAAUGCCCAGACCCACGCCACCCCCUGCUGCCCCAGCUCACGCCCCCAAAGCAGCAGCUAAGCAGCCUGAGCCCCAAAAAGGAAGAACAUCCAGAAAGUAAAUAUGCAAUGGCAAAAAUAAGUAUGUAUGCUGAGAAACUAUAAAAUUAUGAGUUUGUAGCAUUAGUCUUAAAAAAGCCAAGGUAGGCACUAUCAGUCAUUUUUCACUAAGGGGGCAGUUAUGUUUUUCUUUUCUUUAUAUUUUUCAACUUAUUGCUGAAAACAAGUCAUAGCCAAGUCAAAUUACAGUGCAUUAGGCAUUUAACUUUUCAAAAUCACUACCACUGUGAAACUGCUUGUCAUCAUAGUUCUUGAGCAGAGCUUCCUCUAAUGAACUUGGCUACUUUUCCCAGAGGCUCUUUGGUGAAAAAUGACCAGCUUUGAUGUUUAGUUUAUUAAAUCUGUGUUUAAAAGCUGCACUUUCAAUUAGCGAAUCAAGUCUUAAAGCAUUAAUUUCCUUGUGGAUGAAUAAGCUACAGUAAGUAUAGUGAAUUGCUAAUACUCCUAGGGCCUGUGCUGUCAGCACAGCCGUCACCUGACUACAACACAUUGCAAAGUAGCUGUAUUGUGUUUCCUUCUGCUUUGUGUUAAUAAAGAUUAGAAAUCAA